AAUGUCCGCUGUGAGUUCAGGCAGAGCGGCAUAGCGCAACAUCUCCGCUGCGGACUCCGCUCAGUCCGGUCAGGCUCCGCGCUGUCUCUCCAAAUAUCUACAGGGUCUCCUCACCUCUCCACGAACCCCCUUCCGGGCUCCCCACUAGGUUUCUCCACUUUCCCGCGGCUCUCUUUCGCUCUCUCUCCACAGUCUAUCCCCCCGUGUCUCCAGGCGCGCACCGCAGCUGCUUGUUUGCGCACGGACACUUUCCCACUUGUAUCAGCUGCGCUCGGUUUAUCAGUGCACCCCUCUGAAGAGUCCCGAGCUUCAGAUACGUCCCCUAGUUUCUUUUUUCAGGUUGAGUAAUUAGUUUCUGUUGAGUUCCGGCUGAAGAACAAUGUGAUUCUGGCAGGUGGGGAUUAGUGUCGUGACAUGCUAGGACCCGGCGUCUCCACACGGAAAUGGGACUCUCUGCAUUUAUGGUUACAUGAAUGUCAGCGCUGCAGGCCAGAUGCCGGUGAUGGAGGAGCUUGUCAGUGAGAGUGACAGUAUGCCAAAGCGGAUGGCUCUUAUCUGCUUCCUGUCUCUGGUCAUGCUGAUGAGCAUCCUGGGAAACCUGCUGGUUAUGGUGGCCGUCUGCAAGGACAGACAACUCAGGAAAAUCAAGACCAACUACUUCAUCGUGUCUCUGGCGUUUGCCGACUUGCUGGUGUCGGUGCUGGUGAUGCCGUUCGGUGCCAUUGAGCUGGUCCAUCAGCACUGGAUCUACGGCGAGACCUUCUGCCUGGUCCGGACCUCGCUGGAUGUCUUGCUGACCACAGCGUCCAUAAUGCACCUGUGCUGCAUCGCACUAGACAGGUACUACGCUAUCUGCUGCCAGCCUCUGGUCUAUCGGAACAAAAUGACGCCCAUGCGAGUGGCUCUAAUGAUCGGUGGCUGCUGGGUUAUUCCCACCUUCAUCUCAUUUCUGCCCAUCAUGCAGGGCUGGAAUAGCAUCGGCAUUGACCACCUGAUUGAGCAGAGGCGCCACAACGAGGGCAGCAACUCCACGUCCUGUGUCUUCAUGGUCAACAAGCCAUACGCCCUCACCUGCUCUGUGGUGGCCUUCUACAUCCCUCUGGUCCUCAUGGUGCUGGCCUACCAGAGGAUUUAUGUCACGGCCCGUGCACAUGCCCUGCAGAUCAGCAUGCUGCAGCGAGCAGGAGGAGCUGGUACCAACGCGCCUGGUACUUCAGGGGUCGGUGCUGGCACAGACUCUGCUGACCAUCAACGCAACCACCGUAUGCGAACAGAAACUAAGGCAGCAAAGACUCUUUGCAUCAUUAUGGGGUGUUUCUGCCUCUGCUGGGCGCCGUUCUUCAUCACCAAUGUGGUGGAUCCCUUUAUUGACUACACAGUGCCAGACAAGCUGUGGGCGGCCUGCCUGUGGCUGGGCUACAUCAACUCCAUGCUGAACCCCAUCCUCUACGCCUUCCUCAACAAGUCAUUCCGCCGUGCCUUCCUCAUCAUCCUGUGCUGUGGGAGGAAGAGGUACCGCAGGCCGUCCAUCCUGGGAUCCGGCACUCCCUGUACAGCCACGCAGAUCAAUGGCUCCACACACGUACUGAAGUAUUCUGUCCUUCACAACGGGAACCACAUGCAGCAGGAAAAAAAGUCUCUGCACACCGUCACAGAGUCCCACGAGUCCUGCUUGUGACCAACAACGACUCGUCAGUUACAUCUUCAAAGACCUCGGCUCUCACACUGUCACCACGGAGUCGAUGGAAACACACCACAGCCUCCACACAUCUGGAGCUCAAAUCAAUUGCUACAAAUCCAGCAGAGCUCCAAAAGCCAGAGACCUGAUAGAACUUUAGGAAUCCAGGCGAGGAAUGUGACAUUGCCAGGGAGUUCAUUUGGUUUCAGAGUUCAGCUGGAACUCAACCUGUGGUCUUUGAAGGUGACAGGGACCUAGUAGACUGGAACAAAACCAGUUCUCCGGCUUUUUCAUGCCGUUUCUGUCAUGCUGGUUCUCCCAUCUGCAGGCCCAUAGAGACUUAGCUGUCCCAGUCGAGCUAAAUCAGAGCCAGAAUGCGACUGUGAUCCCAUCAGCAGGCCCACUGGUAGCUAUCUAUGAAGUCCAGCUUGUCUUGUGGAGAACUGGCAGCUUCGGUGGAAUGUGUAGGAGAAUUUCACAGCAUGAGAUGUGAUUAAUAACUGGGAGUUGUGGAAGUGAAUUAUGCUGCCAAAGCUAUUUGAUAUUACAUACAGAGGACCUAUUUCUGAUUAUUAUAUGAUGCUCUCUAUUGUUUUCCAGUAUACAAUCUGAAAGAGUGACAAUAGAUUUUAGCAGGUUGUCCCUUAUAAAAUGAGCAUAUGUUGGUAAAAUAUGUGUUAUUUACGAAAAGAGGCAGAGUUGAGAACAAUAUUUCUUUUGCUAAACAUCACGUUAAACAAUCACGUGUCUCAGUCUUAGACCCAAAGCUGAAGAACCUGUAUGUCUCCCAGGUCGAAGCUUUCCAGCUUUGCUAAAUCCUCACUAAGCUGAAAUGAAAAUGUGGUUGCAAGGCUGCAUUAAAUCCCUGACCUAAACUGUCAAAGUGCAUUAUUAUAGAGGCUGCUAGCUCACACUCCAUGUUCAUCGAAUCCUUGUUUUCCACACAAUAAGAAGUUAAGAGGACUGCACCGCAUAAAAGCUGCUCAUGAAUGAUUCAGCGGGCAUUGUGAUGAUGUGCAUGGUUACGGUGUGUGUGUGUGUGUGUGUGUGUGUGUGUGUAUGUGUGAUUACAUUUGCAGGUUUUUGCAGUCUGCAUGCUUUUGUAUGUGUGUUUCCAUAGUGAUGCAUGUUUUCAUACUAGUGUGCUUCCGAGUGUGUAUGUGCAUGUCCUCAUGUGUGCUGUUAGUAUGUGUGAAAUGCCCUUGGAGGCCAAAUUAAAGAAUGUACCAGAAAUGUUUCCAUUUGUAUAUAAUAUUAAUGGAAACAGAGAUCUAAAGCCAACAUUUUACCUGUACGCAUAAUGCAAACCUGUCCUUUUUUAUACUUAGUUUUACUUCAUUUCCUCUCUUUCCCCUGCAAAUUUUCCUCUCUCUGUGGCCUCCAGUACCUGUGGCUUACAGCAUAAAUCUUUCAUUUAUUCAAAAGGUCACCAAAUAAGCUCAAAUAAACUCAAUUUAGGGGUUAAACUUAUUUAUGUGCAGCACUAAAAAACAGACAAGUUAACAACUAGCUGGCAAAGAAAGUGGAACAUCUAGAGCCAGAUUAUUUUCUCAGGCGUUGGUGGAGACCAAAUCAGAUCUAAAAGAGGAGUUAAUAGUAGACUUACAUUCAUCACGUGGAGAGAAGCACAACUUCAAUAGGAUGAUAAUGUCGGUCUGUGAAUACUGGAUGCACACUACAGAUUGCUAAUACAUAAGCCAAAACUUUAUAAACUUGUGGCUAACUUUAUAGACUCAGGGCUGUGUGUCUGUCAGCAUACUGUGGGCCUUUUCUGCCUCUAUGUGGUCAAAAUGACUUAAUGCAACUUAAAAGAUGACUUCAUCAAAAGCGUUCUAAGUUUGAGUUUGAGAAAGGAUUAAAGGAUACUAAUGUGGUUGUAAAUGUCUGAAAUGGACCCAAGAUUACCAUUUACUCCUUUUGGUUUAUGGUUUGGUGUUUCUCAUAAAAACCCACGAAGGGGUUGCUGACCAAUUUUCUAUGGAUCAUAUGCCUUUUUUUUUUGCAUUGACAGCAAUGCAUCUCCAAAUUUAGUGAGUUUCAGUUCAUAGACCAACCAUGUAUUAUAAAUGAGCUUAAAUAUGACUUUUAGUUAAUGAAAAGUUUACAUUUUGGAAAGAGACACCUAUAAAUAUAGACCGACAGUGAACAUUGUGUCUUCCAGAGUCAAAGCAGACACACCAACAGAAGUGAACCUCCUAAAAAGGGUUGCAUAGGAACAAACACAGCCCUCUCAAAUCAGUUAAUCAGAUGAAAACACGGUUGAGCACUGAUUCACAGGCACAAAGAAAUGCCAAAAAGCUCUUGACUGUAAUCAUUGGGCAGGCGAGGUAAUUGCAAAUCCCUGCAGAGACAAGCUCAUUGAACCAGUUUAGCAAGUCACGGUUUAGAGGAAAUAUCCAAUCUGGGUUGAAACUUCACAAAUGACAUGAGCUCUCAUGUUACUCCAGAUACAUAAAUAUGAGCCUCACACAUUACAGUUCAGCCAGGAGAGCGGAAGGGAACCGUAGCUUGUUCAGUAUCAGACUAUCAGACAUGAUGUACACCUUACUGUAGUUCUGUCCACUUCAAUUCAAUUCAAAUUAUUUUACCAUCAUGCUAUUUGAUUCUAUAUUUUGAAUAUAUAUAUUUUCAGGGACCAUGCAUAAGAUACAACAGAAAUGUUGCCAAUGACAGUUUAUGUAUUGUACCAGAAUCAACUUAGAGAUCAUUUUCAUCUGCAGGCUUUUUAAGAGAUAUAUCCAAAAUGUAUUAUUUGAAUAUUGUUCACCUUCUUUAGGCUCGACCUUCUGUAGGAAGUUUGUAGUUUUGUUCUUCAGGCGCUGACAGGCGCUGUUGUCAGCUUUGAUAAUUUCGGCUACAAUGGAUUGAAAUGAUGAUUCACAGUGGACUCAAAGUAUCAAAAUACCCCCAGAAAUUUCUCAAACCAUUCCUCCAGCAUAAUCCAAUUCUCGGCUGUCCAUGUGUAAGCUCAGUGUGCUCCAAAGUUUUAUUCUAUAGGUCAUGGGGAUUGAGUAUUUUUCUCAAGGGCACUUCAGCAUGGUGAACGGUGCGAUUGUGGUGGCUUAAAAUUAGACCUGUAAACAACAGACAAAUGCCUUCACAAGUAUCUUGUCUAAUGGACAGAGUUCUGGUAGCCUUGCAUCCCACCAAGUUUGAGCCUACAGUAUUAGAAAGGGGGGAGUCAAAACAAAUGUAUUCAAAUAAACUGUUGUUUGUUUGGCUUUUACACCAGUUAUUAAAACCACACAAGGAAAUACAGUAGCUGCUUAUGGUCCCAAACAGUAGUUAUCCUAAAUCUGUGUUGACUUUCCAAGCAUUAAAAACGGAUAGCUAUCAGAUGUCAAAAUCUUCCUCCUUAUACCAUAAUCCCUUGCUAUUUCAAGUAAUUUCCUGUAGUUGGUUCAGAUGAUGUUCUUCACCCCAGUGCUCUUGGAAGAAAGCUAAAGCUGUUUUAUUUCAGUUGUUUCAGUGCAACAUCUUGUUUUGAAACACAGAAGUAUCUGUAUACAGCGAGUUAAAAAGCAAUUCAUAAAAUAUACAGUUCUUACAGUCAAUCAUUCAAGUGCAAAUUCAGGAUGCUUUGUCCCUGACGUUCUCUGAAAAGCUUCUUUUGUUGGCUCAGUCCAUUCACAGCUUGUAAGUCUCAUGAAAAACUUGUGAAAAGUUCUUGUGUAUGCUCUAAUGUUUAUGGUGUAGCAAGUUGCCAAGGAAGAGUAAUUGAGGCUAUCAUAAGAGGAGAUUAUGUAUGCAGAACUUCUGGGGCUGCUCCAGUGUUGUUAAUAUUUUCAGCAUCAAACUGUAGACAGAAAAUGGGAAACGUUUCUUCAUUGAUGAACAAGUAUAUACAUUUCUUUGUUCCUGUGUUUUCCUACCAAAAUGGACUUGUUCAAACUGUGACCUCUUCCGUAAUUGAAGCACAAGCACAUUUUGUGAUUUAAGGAAGGAUGAAUUUAUCCGUGUCAUCAGUUAGUCUAUUAUAUUUUCUGAAGAUAUUAGGGCAUAUAGAGUAAUUCCUUAAAUAGAUAAUCUCUCACAAAAACAACACAUGGACGUCUUUGGUGUGCAUUUGAAUUCUAUUUAUUUUUCAAUUAUUUCCAAUGUUCUUAAAAUAAUUAAGAUCUAUAUGACUUAUUUUAUUAUUAAACAAUGACUGGGCAAAUGAUGCUUUAGGACCAGUUGCCAUUUGUUCCCAACCGUUUCAAUUUCUGUUAAUUUGUUAUUAAACUUUUCAACUUGCUUUUCAACUUACGGUGAGAAAGUUUUACAGUAUGUGAUGAAAAUCACAUUGUUUGACUAUACUUAUCUGGCCUUAACUUCCUGAUGAUUUUAAUUUUCCAACUUUGUGUAAAUGGACCAUAAAGUGGGAAUGUUAGUAAUGAGAAUCAGAAUUCCUUAUUUAUAAUAGAAAAUGUUUUUACAUGUUUGAUUUUGCUUCCUCAACAAAUUACUCAAAGCUUAAAACAGCACCACAUAGCCUUUUUUUUACUUUUCAAAUUAGAACAAUUAAACAAUCUCCCAUUGUCAUAUUUUCUUUGAAGAGUAGUGUAGUUUUCUGGAAAAGAAAGAACAAAUACUGCAGAAUUUUAACUAAAUAAUACAGUUCUAUAGAGACAUUUGAGGUGCUAAGUUGCAAAUUGAUCUUUUUUUGUAAGGAAAGAUAUUCAUGUUUUUCAGCAUCCUUAAACCUACAAUUUUCUUUUGAAAAAAAUAUCUGUUUGUUUCUUUGAGUAUAAAAGCAGACAGAUUUUGGCUUGAGUGCAGGCAUUUUUUGUUUUUCUAUAUUCUGCCUAUUUUUUCUUUACUUUGCUGUUCAUGAGCCACCCACUUCCAAGGCUGCAGUUUCAGGACAUCUGUGGAAGCUUAACGUCAGGCAGUGUGCAUGUCCAUUUUUCUUUGGAGAGGUUUGUGUGUGUUUGUGUGUGCAUGUGUGUGCUGUGUGGGAAGCUCCUCAAUGGUCUAAAAUUAGGAAACUCAAGCUCGCCUACCUUCAUGAAAUUUAAUGAGCAGAAAAGUGUAGGGAAGACCAUAUUUGGAGAUGUAGCAAACACAUCAGGAGAUACAAAAAAAAUCUAUCUGAGCACACUCUAGUCGGGAACCAUCUGAGAUCAAAGGGUCACACAGAUAUGUCAGGUAGAAUAAGGAGAAGGGAGUAGUUAGAGCAUCCGUUUACCUGUGAAGGAAUUUGGAUUAAAGUUUUGUAAAAAUACAUCUUAAGUAUUGAUGGUAUUUGAGCCUGAUGUUUCCAUGUGCACAUCAGUGGGAUUCAAUACACAAAGUUAACGUGAACACAGACAGAGUGAGCUCAGAAGGCUGGAGGUGAGCUGUGGUCAACCAAGAGUUUGCUGAAUUCUGUGUUCGUUAGCGAGAUAAAGACCAACUAAACUGUCUCCUAACGCCUGCUUGGCUUUCCGAAAUCAUCAUAGGCAUCAAUGUUGUAAUAAUUUUAUUGUAAUUUUCACACCAAAAAAUGCUUUGACAUAUGAACAAUUUAAGGAAGUGAAAAAUAGCAUUAUAUCAGUCGUUCAAAAUCAAAGCGAACAGUUUAUUUUUAAAGCAGCCAUUUUGUUUUGUAAGAGGUACAGAGGACAGUUUCGGCACCUACUGGACCUUAAGUGACAACGUGAUAUCAUGGGAUGGCACUCCACUUUUAAGGACAUUUCGCGUACCAUGCCAAUGCAUUUUAAGCUUUCCGCAUGUGAUUUAACGCUGUUUAGUCCCUACGUAACUAAAAAAAUUAAAUAAAACUCAUUUUGUCUUUUAAUAUAAUUCUUUUUUGGUCAGAGACCGGCUUACCAUCCAUCCAACCACCCCACCACCACCUUAUUGUCAGACUUUCAUGGUUAUUUACAUCCCACACCUGGUGUUUUUCUCUGUGACAGCUGGCAUAAAAUGUCACGCCAUUUCUAUACAAUGUAAGACAUGCAAAAAUAAAAAAAAAUGCAUUGGAGUACCACACGAAAUGACUUAAGAAACUGGCAUGUUAUUUAUACGUCUUUUGAUGAUAUCAGGAUGUAAGUGAAAAGACAAGAAUGCAAUUUAGCCUUGGAAUUGUUCUAUUGUAAGGGUGCAUGAAUGCAACCACAGACACACUGAGGGUUAAGAAAGUAACUUAAUUUCCAAACACCCACCUUGACUGAAAUCCAGCUUUCUCUGGAGGUUGCUGAAUGUCAUUUUGGGACAUGUAGGAAAUCACCAAGUAAAGGGCAGGUUGAGUAAAUAUCAGUGAUCCAUGGUCCUCAGGUCCAUGAAACUGGUUUUAUUUCUGGUUUGGAACGCAUACGUCUUGUUUAUUACAGCCAUGUGUAAGGUCUGACAGAACUAUGCUUGCUGUAGCCUGGUUUAUUCGCUCCAAACCAGCGGACGGAAACGCACCUAAUUCGCAGUUUCUUUUUUUGUUUUCGUUUUUGCAUUUCCAUUUAAACUUCUCAUGAAAUUGGAUGGAAACAUGGCUAGUUUUCCAUGAUUGCAUUUUUAGUGAAAUAUCCAUUUAUCAUAUAACAGGCACUUCUCAAAGUUUUUUUUUACAGACAAAGAAAGAUAUAUAACUAAUCAACACUCACCAUUUGUCCUUUUUAACCCAACCAACAAGAAUUCAAAUUUAAUUCAACACUCUUUGGGACUAUCUAAAGAUUGAAACACAGAACUGAUGAUUACAGUUCUGACAUUGUCUUAUUUUAUCUUUCGCUUUUCAUUUUCCCUGAUUUGCUCAUAAAGCAGCACAGAUCGAUCCACUACCACACACAUUCAGACAGAAUAUGAAUUUAUACAAAGCAGAAGCAAUUAGAAAAGAUAAAUGAAAGGAUCUUUUAUCAGAAUAUUGGAAACCUUUCGGAUGUUUUAGAGCUAGAAAGCAGCACUGCCACUAAUACAGACCAACUAAAUACUAUAUUUAUGUCCUGCUGACAUGGUGAUUGGUGAGGGUUGCAUUGUAGGAUAAAUCAGGAGUAUCAAAAAUAAUUAAGGUAUUUUAUUCCAUUAAGAAUCCAUUCUUUAAGCAGAAUCUGUAGCCUUUUAAAGCCGUUUGCCUCCUACAUAUCCCAUGGUACAGUAUGUAUGUUGAAUUCAUUUUUAGAAUAACUUUUGUGUUUCUAUUUGGAAAAGAAACUGUUCCUGUUAUUGAUGGUUCAGUAUUUCUUCAAACAGAAACAGAAGCUCCAGUAAGCAAGCAUUUAUCCGGAAUAAUCACCAAGUUUCUGGUUUCAUUAGUUUUUGCACAUGUCGAUGACUUUUUUUUCAAAUGCUGGAUUAUACAUUCAUGUAACCUCCCAGGUAAUAUUUGGUACUGAAGUUCUCAGCCUCAGCCUCAGCGCCUGUUUUAUUUGCAAAAUGAAAAUAUCCCUUAGACAUUUACAUCUUACCUGAUUGCAGCAUUUCUCAGAUGCAGCCACUAUCUAAGUCUUACUUUAUACCACAUUUUCUGCAGAAAAGUGAGGAGAAAGAAUGUCAACUUAUUUCCAGCCUUCAGAGGUUUCAAGGAAUAGUUUGUUAGCUUCUGAUUGAGAGGCUAUUGCUUGAAAUUACAGGAUGCAGGACAGUUUUAUCAUUAAAGAAAGAAUUAUACCAAUGGAAAUGUGGCGCAAAAAGCAUGAUUUUGACAGUGGCUUCCAUUUGUGCAACUUUCUGAGUUGUGUUUUGUGUCAUUCAUGCCCUGUAUCCCUUCCCUCUCUUUUUUUAAUUUAUUCAUUUAUAUUUGCAGCUUACAGCAUGAAUGUGUAUAUAAAGAAAAGAAAUUCCACAAACUGUCCAAAGGAGACAAAAAAAAACACUUUUAUAAAACUCUUCAGUAUUUAUUUUGACAGAACAAAAUGGGUAUUUUCAUGUAUUAAAAGAACAUAAAAGGCUUCUCUUUCAGGGAGCUGAAAUGUGUAUGACUUUUUUCUGUUGCUAUGUGACAGUUCUGAUAAAGGCUAAUUAAAGAUUAAAGAGAUGUUGAUAAUC